AUGUUGCCGCUGGAGAAGGCGUUUGCCAACCCCAGGAGCUCCCCAGCUCCCCCAGAACUGCCCAUGCUAGGAUCAGCAGCUGAGGACCAGCAAGAGGACUCCAGGAGUGGCCUUGGGGAGGUCCCUGCCAACCUUGAGUCCUCCCGCCUGCAUUUCCGGAACUUCAUCUACCAGGAAGCUGCAGGGCCCCACCAGGCCCUGGACCAGCUGUAUGAGCUGUGCCGCCAGUGGCUGCGCCCUGAGGCGCACUCCAAGGAGCAGAUGCUGGAGCUGCUGGUGCUGGAGCAGUUCCUGAGCGCCCUGCCGGACAAAGUACGGUCCUCAGUGGUGGCACAGCAUCCUGAGAACUGCCAGAAGGCAGCCUCCCUGGUGAAGGACCUUGCCGACGCCCUAGAGGAGCCAGAUGGGUCCGUGAAGACUGGUGAAGACGUGGAGCCCAGUGAGACCCAGGCCGCCCCCAACAUCUCCUGUCCUGCUCCAGACCCUGUGCUUCUGGAACAAGGGUGUGCCGGGGACAAGAAACCCGAACAGCCCAAGCCUGCUAAGACUGAGCCAAAGAAGUUGACAUUUCCGGAGAUGCCUCUGUACCUGGGUGAAUGGGGCCACCUGGACCCGGCAGAGGAGAACCUGAAGACCUUCCGGAAACUGCUCCUGUGGGGGUACCAGCUCGCCCAGCCUGAUGACACCUGCAGGCUGGAGACAGAGGAGCUUCGGUUGGUUGAAGCUGAACCACCGGAAGGCAGCUUCUCAGGGGAUAGGAGGUGGCAGGAAAGUAAAGAGAGCAUGUGCGAGACGCUGAUGGAGAGGAUCACAAGGGAAAUUCUCGUUUGCCCCUUGACGGGUGCUGCUCCGGAGGAGGAAGAGCAGCCGCAGAAGGUUCUGGAACCUCAGGAGAGGGAACCAAGCCCUGUCCCCAGAGCCCAGAGGCAAUCAGUCAUCCGGGAGCCAGCCCAGGACAGGGGCACAGCAGGGGAGAGCCCUACUGUGCCUGUAGCUCCAGCUGCCCCACGCCAAGGCCUUGGAAGAAAAAGGCCCCACUCGAAGGAUGUGGGCGGGCAGGGCCCUGAGCCUGUCUCCAGCGUGAGCCACCCCCAGCAGCGCCAUGUGAAGGAGCCCGCUGCAUCUGGCCUCGGCGCAGGGUCCCUGGGCGCGAGUUGCUCUGCUGCCGAUGAGCCUGGGCUGUCCCGAGGGAAGCCCUACGCGUGCAGCGAGUGUGGGGAGACCUUUGCGUGGAUCUCACAUUUCAUUGACCAUCUCCGAAGCCACAGCGGCAGGAAGCUGUACGCGUGCCAGGGCUGCUGGAAGACCUUCCACUUCAGCCUGGCCCUGGCCGAGCAUCAGAAGACCCAUGAGAAGGAGAAAGGCUACGCGCUGGGGUGGGCCCUGGGACCCCACCCUGCUGCGUGUGGUGCCCACGCUGGCGGGAGGCUCCGUGGGCUCCCGGGGUGUGUGGCAGGUGACAUUUUCCCUGUGCAGCCUGAGGCUCAGCGAUGA